CGGAGGAUCAACAGUCAGAAGAGAAGCGUCCGUCGUCGUCGCUUGUUCUGUGUAGUUUCAUCAGAUCCAGUUGGUCCAAGAGAGAAGAUGGGAGUGUUUAUUUUGUUGCUCGUCUUGUGUCCUCUUGCGUCUGCAGUGCCCCACUCCCUGAAGUACUUCUACACUGUCUCCUCCCACGUGCCCAACUUCCCAGAGUUUGUGACUGUUGGGAUGGUUGAUGGUCUUCAGAUGGUUCAUUAUGACAGCAACACUCGGAGAGCAGUACCCAAACAAGACUGGAUGGACCAGGUCACAGCAGGUGACCCACAGUACUGGGAGAGGCAGACUGGAGGUUUCAUGAAUGAACAGCAGAUCUUCAAAACCAACAUUGAGACUGUGAAGCAGCGCUUCAACCAAACUGGAGGUGUCCACAUCUGUCAGGUCAUGUAUGGCUGUGAGUGGGACGAUAAGACUGGAGAAGUUAAUGGAGAUGCUCAGUUUGGUUAUGAUGGAGAAGACUUCAUCGCUCUGGACCUGAAGACAGAGACAUGGGUCGCUCCGGUACCACAGGCUGUCAUCACCAAGCGGAGAUGGGAUCAAGACAGAGCUCUGUUAGCUGGCUUGAAGAACUACUUCACCCAUGAGUGUGUUGACUGGCUGAAGAAGUAUCUGCAGUAUGGGAGCAACCGUCUACAGAGGACAGUCCCUCCCUCAGUGUCUCUGCUCCAGAGGUCUCCCUCCUCUCCAGUCACCUGCCAUGCUACAGGUUUCUACCCCGACAGAAUCGUGAUGUUCUGGAAGAGAGAGGAAGAGGAGCUCCAGGAGGAGGAGGUGGACCAUGGUGAGCUCCUCCCCAACCAUGAUGGAACCUUCCAGAGGAGCGUUCACCUCCUCGUUGACCUUUCAUCAAUGAAGGCUGAGGACUGGCAGAAGUACCACUGUGUGGUUCAGCUUUCUGGGAUGAAGGAUGACAUCAUCACCAAACUGGACCAAUCACAGAUCAAGACCAACAGGAAAGAUCCUGUCAAUACCAUCCCCAUCAUCAUUGGAGUACUUGCUGCUGUCAUCUUCAUCAUCAUCGCAGUCCUUGGUGCCAUACUGUACCAGAAGAAGAAAGCCAAGUGCCCUCCACCUUCUCCUGACAGCAGCUCUGAGCUCUCUCAGAAACUGAACCCCGGUGCUUCACACUGAACUAAGUCUGAGGACAUGUUGGGGAAUCAAGCAGGAAGGAGCCCUCUCAAAAUCAGCUUUUAGUUUAUAAUUUGGGAAUGUGUCAGUUAAAAAUCAGUCGUGAGUCAUAAUGAGGGUAACCGGUGUGGGCAGUUACACACGACAUGUUAAAGGACAAAAGUCAACAAUCCAUCACAGCUGUAGAACAAACUAAUAAGCUCACACACACAUGAAGAACAGUGGUGACCCGUUGGAUCAGACCUUCUCUGGUAUGAAGAGAAAAUCCCUCAUAAAGCAUUUAUAUGAAUGUGGACUCAUUAACAUGGUGUUGGAGUGAAACUCCAGUGGUAGUUGAAACCAGUGAGCUGCAGUAAAU